AUGAUGCCAAAAAUUUUUUACUUUAUUUUUAUUUCAUUAUUCAUUAUCUACCUUGGUUAUCCUGUUAAUUGUGUUAAAUAUUCUCAAGAUGAAAUAUCAUCAUUUUUUUCACAACAACAACCUAAACAAAAAUAUCCUAUAUCUACAAAUGAAAAUUAUGAAAUACCAUAUAAACCAUAUUCAUCAUAUAUAUUAGAUCAACGUUAUCAAUAUCAUCCACAUGGAAUUAAAAGAGUUAGUGAACAUGAUAUUAAUACAUUAUUAAGAAAUACAUGGAUUGGAUGA